CAAACUAUGGAGAUGAAGCUCCAAAGGAAUUCAAAUCCACAGACCGCCAUAUUCUCUCGCUCUUGGGCAGAACCUCCAUACGCAAGUUCAGCCAAUUCCUGCAGCGAUUAUGGCCGCUUCAUCCUCCGUUUCCAUCGCCCUCCUUCUCCUUUCCAUCCUUUCUUUGUUCCUCGUCUUCCAUGCAGCCCCCGACACCGCCAUCAAGAGUAUUGACCUCGAGCACCCAGCUGAGGACAUCUUUCCGUCUUCACUUUCUGGAGGCAGUGAUUUACAAUGUGAUCGUGUUCGGAUUGCUGGUCUUUCAAGAUUAAAACUUGGAAGCUUUGCCAGUUCUUUUCGGAUCACUGCAGUUCCGUCUGUUGCUAUUCCUGAAAGACAACAUACCAAAAUUGGGGUUUGUUUUCACUGGAACAAUUCACUUGGAUUGUGUCAGUGUGAAAAUGAAGAGUGGAAAACUUUUCAAAGGGGAUUGUGGAGUUCCACCAUGUCUCCUUAUGAAGUUAGAUAUAUUGAUGUUAAAGUUAUUAAUGUCACGCCUCUAAGUGGUCCUGUGACAAUUGCUAUUGAAGAAGAUUUCCAACAGUGGCGACUAUUAUGUCUAGCUUUGGGAUUUAUGUUGCUGCUGCUUGCUCCUGUUGUCAGCAGCUGGGUUCCUUUUUACUACAGCAGUUCGAUGGCUAUCGGAAUUUUCCUCGUCGUGUUAAUUAUUCUUUUUCAGGGAAUGAAGUUGUUGCCAACUGGAAGGAAGAAUGUACUUUAUCUCACUGUCUAUGGAUCGGUGCUAGGAGCAGGAUCGUAUCUUGUCCACCACUUUGCAACAUUGGUAAAUUCGAUUCUUCUCAGUUUUGGACUGAAAGAAGAAAUGCAUAAUCCUGUUGCCAUCUUUUUACUUCUGGGGAUCGUUCUUUCUGGAGCUGCCUUGGGUUACUGGAUUGUCCGGAAGUUUGUGAUCUCGGAGGAUGGGAAUGUUGAUGUUGGUGUGGCCCAGUUUGUAAAAUGGGCAAUGCGUAUUAUUGGAGCUACGUCUAUCUUUCAGAGUACCCCUGAUGCUCCUUUAGCACUUGGUGCCUUUGUUUUUUGUUGGGCCGUCUGCUAUCUUAUCUGUUCUCUGAAGCGGUGUGGUACCAUGAAUCAAUCAUAUUCUGGAUCUGGUGGCCCUUGGCACCGGCAGAAUAAGCAAAUUGUUAGGGAGCAGAUUCAUCCUGAAUUCGCUGGCCGAUCAUACCCUCAAGACCGGAAAUGGAGAGUUUCUGAUAACCACACCCCAGCUUGGUCGAGUUUUCCUGUUAAAGGGGCGAUCUCACCGUCCUCCGGGAUGCAAGAUCGGGACUACUACUCAACCUUCCAUAAGACCCAUAAUCGAAAGAAGUUCACAAAGAAAGCCUGGAAUGAUUUCACUAGACAUUCGACCCAACAAGCAUUGUCCGAGUUGGCAUCAACCCCUGAAUUCACAGAUUGGAUCAUGGAGCAUGCAGAUAGGAUUCAACUUCUCCCAAGUGAUGAUAGUUCAGAUGAAACUGUUGGAAGUGAAUCUGAUUCAACCAAUGAGGAUGUUGUUGGCAGUGGCAGUAGGUUCAGCUUUCUAAACUGGUAAGACUAAGUAUCUGUAUCUGCUGCUAACAAGGAUAAGUAGAAUCAUCUAGACUAUUAGGUUCUAGGGAAAUUUGAUUGUGCAGGUUGAGAUGAGCUGAGUUUGGCAAAUUUUCGAACCACAAAUCGAACAGCUAGAAGAAAUGUCUCAUAGAUUAGGCAAACUUGGCCCGACACUUCACCGGUAUCACAUACCGUGUCGUGUCGAAUGAUUUAUUCAUCGUGUUUGUUGAAUUGGGCAACAUGGAAUUGAGUCAAUCCAAGAUGUUACCACGACCACCCGACACUAGGACCGUUGGGCACCUCUACACAGCUGAUGUUAUGCCAUUUUUUUAGUCAUGGAGAUUGAACUUACAUGCCUUGUGUCUUUUUUUCUCUCAAGAAUAUUCCAAUUGUAAUCAUCGUUGUUUUAUAGUAUCUAUCAUUUAAGUGUCUAAAAUUUCAAG